AUGAUAAUAAGAAAGGGUAUAAUAAUUAUAUCAAUAACAGCCCUUAUUAUUUUUAUUGUAGGAUUUAAAACCACAUCAAGCUUUCAAACCGAUACAAUCGCUUCAAAUAAUAAACAAAAUAUUUUUAAAAAUCAUGACAGUUUUCAACAACAUAAUAAUAUAAUAAAAACCAAUGAUCAACAAAGUGGCAACAACAAUAACAAUAAUGAUAUAAAUAAUAAUAUCAAUAUAAUUAAAAAAGAAGGUGCAAUUGAUGAAAAUUAUGAUAAAUACAAGGAUAUUGGUGAUAGUUCAAUUGAAAAUAGUGAAAAUUAUAGUUUCAAUCAAAAAAAUUUUAAUAUAGAUAAUUUUGAUAGUAAAGAAAUUAAUGAAGUGGGAAAACUUCAAAAUAUUAUAAAUAAAUUAAAUAAAAUAAAUGAAAAUAAUACAGAAAUUAGAAAUCAUAAACAAAAAUUACCAAGAUUUAAUAAAUCAAAUAAUCCUUUUAAUAAAAUAGAUAUGGUAUAUAAUAAAAAUAAAAAUAAAAAUAAAGAAAGAGCGGAGCAAAUUAAACAAUCAAUGAAAUUUGCAUGGGAUUCAUAUAAGAAUGGUGCCUGGGGUCAUGACGAAUGGGUGCCACUGGAAAAUAAACAUAGCGAUUGGUUAGGAGGUCUAGGUUUAACAAUUGUUGACUCUAUUGAUACUCUAUAUUUAAUGGGUUUAGAAAAAGAAUACAAUGAAGCUAAAGAUUGGAUUUCACAACUAUUGUUAAGCAAAUCAAAAAGCAAGGUAUCAGUUUUUGAAGUUAAUAUUAGAUAUUUAGGUGCUUUUUUAACAAUGUAUGACUAUACCGGUGAAGAUGUGUAUUUAAACAAAGCAAAAGAAUUUGGAGAUUUUUUAAUGAAUGCAUUUUCAAACAAAUAUCCUUUUCCAGUUAGUAAUUUAAAUUUAAGUAAUUUCAAACCAAGUGCAACAGAAAGCAAUUGUGUGGUGUUGGCUGCUUUGGGUACUAUGUCCUUAGAAUUUUCUCGUUUAUCAGAUAUUACAGGUGAUCCUAAUUAUAAAGAAAAGAUUGAUAGAAUUAUCAAUGCCAUGGCAAGCUUAGAAACUGAUAUAAAGGGUUUAUAUAAAACAACAAUAAAGAGGGAUGCAUCUGGCUAUUGUGACGAAUUAAUAUCGAUCGGUGGUCAAGGUGACUCGUACUACGAAUAUCUUUUAAAGAUGUGGAUAUACACAGAUGGGGAAGAGAUAAUAUAUAGAGAUCUUUUUAUAGAUUCAGCGGAUUCAAUUAUAAAAAAUCUUUAUAAAAUAACCAAAAAAGAUUUUGGUUACAUUGCCAAUUUAGAUUAUGGGUAUCUAGUUGAAAGAGAGGAGCAUUUAACCUGUUUUGCAGGUGGUAUGUUUGCUUUAGCCGCUGCAGCAAAUAUUUCUGGAGAUGAUGAAAAAAACAAUAUCUAUAUGGAAGUAGGAAGAGAAGUAACCAAAACAUGUGCCUUUAGCUAUUUUAAUUCUCCAGUUGGUGUGGGCCCAGAGGUCUUUGUAUUUAACUCUCAAGGUGAUAUAAGCUUAAAUGGAGGAGGUGGAAGUCCGUGGUAUUUUUUAAGACCAGAAGCCUUGGAGUCUAUAUUUAUUCUCUAUCGUUUAACUGGGGACACAAUGUACCAAGAUUGGGGUUGGACUAUUUAUGAAGCUAUUGAAAAAAAUUGCAAGGUAUCAAAUGGCUAUGCAGGUUAUAAAGAUAUUAUAUUUGGCACCAGGGAUCACGUUCAACAAAGUUUCUUUAUGGCAGAAACAUUAAAAUACCUCUAUCUACUAUACAGCGAUUCAAAUACAGUUCCAUUAGAUAAAUAUGUAUUGAAUACUGAAGCACAUCCAUUAUUAAUUAAAUAUAAAAACUAA